GCUGCUCCUACUCAAGGAAGUCCCGGCCCCUCUCUUUGGGGAAGUGCCGCGGAGGCGCCUGCGCACUGCGCCUGCGCCCCCUCCCCGGCGACCAGCGGGACUUCGGCGGAGCGGCUGUGGCACCCGGACGCGACGCGGCGCUCCGAGCCUUGGGAAGUGAUUGCUCAAAGGUGGGGACCGGAAGAACCCAGGUUUCCGCGACUCCCGCCCCGCUAGCCUGGUGGGGAGGGGCCACACGAGACACCCGGUCCGCCACGGUCCCUAUCCCUCGAGUUGGGUCCGCCAACCUUUCUGCCCUGCGAACUGCAGGGGAGGCGCUGCGUCCCCAGCCCCAGCCCCAGUGGAGCGGAACUCCGCACGCCCACCUACCUCCGGACCGCCCAGGAGUGCCUCCUGAGGUCUCUGGAGUGCUUGCUGCUUCGGAGCACGCCCCUUCGGCAACCAGGGUGGGGCCCAGAUCGAACCUGGCCCUCUCAUCCCCAUCCGCCUUUGGGUCACUGAAGCUCAGUUCAACUCGUGUCCUGGUGUGCUUGCUGGAGACUUGGGAACUCAUCAUCUCAGGAAGAGACAGGUGAUCACCUAGGUUCCCAGGCUGCAGUGAGGGUCUAGAGCUGGCACCACGGAGCCUGGACAACCUUUCAUCUACCCAUGCCCACCCCGCAUGAGGCUGAGAAGCAGCACACAGGGCCAGAGGAGGCAGACAGGCCCCCCUCGAUGUCCAGCCAUGAUGCAGCACCCCCAGGACCCCCAAGUCGCAACCCCUGCUGCUUGUGCUGGUGCUGCUGCUGCAGCUGCUCUUGGAACCAAGAACGGCAGCGAGCCUGGCAGGCCACUCGGGAAAGCAAGCUGCAGCCCCUCCCCAGCUGUGAAGUUUGCACUCCACCAAGCCCUGAGGAGGUACAGAGCUGGGCACAGUCCUUCGACAAGUUGAUGCAUAGUCCUACCGGCCGCAGUGUGUUCCGAGCAUUUCUGCGUACAGAAUACAGUGAAGAGAAUAUGCUCUUCUGGCUGGCCUGUGAGGAACUAAAGGCAGAGGCCAACCAACAUGUGGUGGACGAGAAGGCACGACUUAUCUACGAGGACUAUGUGUCCAUCUUGUCCCCCAAGGAGGUGAGCCUGGACUCCCGUGUGCGAGAGGGCAUCAAUAGGAAGAUGCAGGAGCCGUCUGCACACACAUUUGAUGAUGCACAACUGCAGAUCUACACGCUUAUGCACCGGGACUCCUAUCCUCGCUUCCUCAGCUCCCCUACCUACCAGGCUCUGCUGCUCCGGGGGGCCCCACAGUCCUCCUCUGAGGCCUAGGUCACUUGCUGCCAUACGGAUGCUCCACUCCUAUGGGCAAACUGAGGGCUCACACUCCGCCCCACCUGGCUAGCUGGAAGUAGACCCAAUCCCAGUGACACGUGCAGUGCCCUUGGCCUGCCCCUACUGGGUGCCCUCCUGGGAGGUGCUGCAGACCAGUCAUGUGUCCAGAACAUGUACUCAUGGAGUACAGCCUCUUUGCCAACAGGUUUGUAGCAAAAGAGCUGUCUGUUCCUCAGAACAAUAGAACAAUAUGUAGGACCUCAGAAUCAGACUCCAGUGACAGGGCCCAAUUAUAUUUUAUAUGUUCAUGAACUUUAAACUUGGAAACAUUUCCUUACAUUUUAUAUAAAAAAG